CUUCCUUAUAAGAGUCCAGCUGUUGUGGUCUUGCUGUAGUAUACAGCUGCCUGUCAUUUGACUUGUCGUCAUGUUCCUUCGUUGUUGUCUGGCUUUGCUGGCUCUCUCUUCGCUCUCUGGUGCGUCUGAUCCAGGCUGUGAAGAACUCAUUAAGCCUCUGGAGGAUCGUAGCAAGCUUUUGGGAAAAUGGAUAUUUUACGCUGCAACAUCAGACAGCGAAGAGCAAUUGAAAGAGCUUAAAACUGUGCACAGCUUCUGGGUCGAACAGACAUCCAUACCUGACAGUGAAGACAUGCCCAGUCGCUUUGGACGCAAAGCGGAUGGCAAAUGUUAUCAUGGAAAUGUCACUGCCACCUUCUUAGGAAACUCUUCCACAGACACGUAUUACUAUAACUCUACCAGUUAUGAGCAUAUUGGCAAGUAUCUGGCCACUUGCCCCGACUGCAUGCUUUGGACAGACCACUCGGUGUCAGAGAUCGGCGGCAAAACCACAAAAAGCAGAGGCUUCAGGAUCUUCACAAAGACUGGGACACUGGAGGCCUCUCAUCUCGAAGUCAUCAAGAAACAGGCUGAGUGCCUCAACUUCACACUAGAUUUAUACUUUGCAAACACUACAGAUCUGUGUCCGUAUGAAAGUGAAGCUGUAACAGAUGCAAGACGGGACGAACAAUAGAGAAAAACACAUUUAAGCUCCUUUCACCCGAUCUCUCAGAUCUAUCCUGUAACCUGAAAUUACUCAAGUGUUUGAAGUGUGUAUUCAGAUGUGUAUCACAGAUGUGCUGACAGAUGUGGAGAAAGCGCUCUUUCAUCUUGCAGUGGGUUCAGUGCAGGACAAGGAGUUUGUAACAGUGUUAACUAUGGCUGGGGGAUUUUUGUGUGAAUAGGUGCAAUAGACUGAUUUUACAUUUACUACAAGAUGCAGUAAACUGUGAUUUCUGAUUUUUCUUGUAUUCACAUAAAGAUUUACAGAAAGAAA